ACAGAUGGUGCGGUCCAGAAAGCGCACGCGCUCCCCUCUCCUCUGCCAUCCCCUCUCCGCUCCAAUGAAUCAGCUGACAAAUGGUAUCUCCCGCCUCCCUCCAUCAUCUCCCCGGAUGGACCGCGCAGCCGAAGCCGGGCAGCCUGAGCGCUGACACGGAAGCAGGUUGCCCGCCGCUCUGCUUCCCCUCUCCAGGCGGAUGCUUCGCGGACAGAGACUCUUGUGAGACGUGUUGCGUGACUACAACAGAAGGGGGAAAAAAACUAAACAAACAACAACAAAGAAAAAACAAGCUGGUUUGUUUUAUUUAAAGUGGUGUGUGUGUGGGGAGCUCUCGGCGUCCCCUCGACCAUGGCUUCCAACUUCAACGACAUAGUCAAACAAGGAUACGUGAGGAUACGCAGUAAGAAGCUGGGGAUUUUCCGAAGAUGUUGGCUGGUGUUCAAGAAAGCAUCCAGUAAAGGACCGCGGCGCUUGGAGAAGUAUCCUGAUGAGAAAGCUGCCUACUUCAGGACCUUUCACAAGAUCACCGAGCUCCAUAAUAUCAAGAACAUUAGCAGAAUGCCGAGAGAGACCAAGAAGCACGCCGUGGCCAUUAUCUUUUGUGACGACACAUCCAAGACGUUUGCCUGCGAAUCAGAGCUAGACGCAGAGGAAUGGUGCAAGCUGCUGAACGUGGAGUGCCUGGGCACCCGUCUCAACGACAUCAGCCUGGGCGAGCCCGACCUGUUAGCAGCGGGGGUGCAGCGGGAGCAGAACGAGCGUUUCAACGUGUACUUGAUGCCCACGCCCAACCUGGACAUCUACGGCGAAUGCACCAUGCAGAUCACUCAUGAGAACAUCUACCUGUGGGACAUCCACAACGCGCGCCUCAAACUCGUCAUGUGGCCUCUCAGCUCGCUCCGACGAUAUGGUCGAGACUCGACCUGGUUCACAUUUGAGUCCGGAAGGAUGUGCGACACAGGCGAGGGCUUGUUCACCUUCCAGACACGGGAAGGAGAGAUGAUCUACCAGCGCGUCCACUCGGCCACUCUGGCAAUUGCCCAGCAGCAUGAGAGGAUGAUGGAGGAGAUGGAGAAAAGCUCCCAGCUGCGAUCAUCAGAGACGCUCACCAAGUCCAUCUCUCUACCACGAAGUGUAUAUUGGCAACAUAUCACACGACAAAACAGUGUGGGAGAUCUUUACACUUAUCAAGGAAGCAGCAUGGAGAUGACGUUCAUCCCAAGAGCGCAGACCUUCCCCAGCUUCCUCUCCCAUCAGCCUGAGAUGGAAGAGCAUGAGAAGCAGCAGCAGGAGGAUGGAGGAGGGGGGAGGAGGCACCAGGAAGAGGCGCCAUCGCCCUGUAGUGGCCGAGUGGCCACUUGCAGCCUGAGGCCACUUCAAUGACAGUUGGUUAGACUUUGGACACUUUUGAGCACUACUGUAGACCGAAUGUAGAACUAUGUAUAGUCACACGUGUAUUAUAAGAUGUCAUUUAUGGAGUUCAUUCAUGAUCGUGUCCACUUUGUUUUGUAUGUUGUGUGACAGCAGAAGUAGCGUUUUAUAACAAGUGUGGUUUUCAAACGCUUUUAUGUUAAAGCCAACAUUUACAACUAAUUUAUUUCACAUUAAGAAGCUGUCAUAGGUCAUUAGUCUUUUUUAAAUAGUUACUGUUCAUUUAUGAUUUCAUACUGUUGGGUGUUUUUGUUUGUGGUUGUAGUGGUAUAAAAAACAGCUGUGUAAUAUUUUGGAUGUACUUUAGAGAGGGAAAUGUUGAAGAAGUCAACUUGCAUCAAUUAGGAUGUAUUGUAAAAAUACUUGGAUUAAGUUACAGAAAUAUUUGAAAAUAGGCAUUUUAUUUGAUUAGAAUUCCAAUAAAAUACAAUACAAAAAGUUUCAAGCAGGCUAAAGAUUAAUAUAACUAAAGUCAAUUAAUUAAAAAAAGUUUUUUGUUUUUUAUUAGUCCAUUCUUUGUGAAAUAAAAAGUGCCUUUCGACCCACUGCAAUCUUUUGUUUUAAUGUAUUGUCUACUGUGCACACACCUGCUAGAAAUGUACAAGCACUUACGUCUUCUAAUGCGUCACUUAAUUUCAUUUAGCCGUCACAUUUGUCUGAUUUACCUUGAUAGCACUUUGUUUCACCUCGUGUAAAUACUGUCUUUUGAUGAUUGAGGUAAUAAACUUGAGUGUUGUCA